AUAUUGAGGGGGGAAGCUAAUGCAAAUGCCUGAGUAGAAAAAUUGCGGCAAAUUUCUGUCCCUGAAGAUUUAUAAACUUCCGGACAAGCAAACGCUACGCUGUUGGAUUCAUACGAACCAAAUCUCGCAGCUCUCUUGGCGAGAAAUUGAGAAGCAAUCGCAGUCUCAGUUGGUGGUGCUGGGACGUCGAACAUGGCGGGAAAGCAAGUUGCCGGCACCGGUCUGCCGGAGAGCAUCGCAGGAAUGUCGAAGAAUCAACUCUAUGAUAUCAUGUCUCAAAUGAAGACACUGAUUGAACAGAAUCAGCAGCAGGCGAAACAAAUUCUCAUCCAAAAUCCGCUCUUGACCAAAGCUCUUUUCCAGGCGCAGAUUAUGCUUGGGAUGGUUAGGCCUCCUCAGAUUCCAAGCAUCCAGCCUUCAACCUCGCAUCAUUCUCAGCCAUCAACACAUACAACUCAUCAGUCAAAUAUUCAGCCUACUCAAACACCAGCAGGUCAAAUAAGUUUGCAAGAACAAACGAAUGCACCACCAUUGGCCCCUCCUAGAAAACAAUAUCAGAAUCAACCAUCAAUGCCUAUCUCAUCAACUACUCUUCCUACAGUGAACGUUCAGCCUCAGUCAGCACCUCUGAUUCCCCUGCAGACACCACAGCAUCCCAAGGGAUUUGAGAUGCACCAAGCAAAUCCCAUUUCUGUUCCACAACCCUCUCAAGUUCCAAGCGUACCUCCAGUUCUACCGUCUGCUGCACAGCCACCUUUACUUCAUCAACCCCAGAUUUCAACUGCUUCCGUACAGCUGCAGCAGCCAUUACAAACAGCUGAAAUUCCCCACCUGCCACUACAGGCACCACUACCCCCACAGUCCAGAGCACCUACGGGUCCAAAUUUCCAUCAGCACUACCCCCAACAAGUGGGGCACAAUAUGAAUUACCAACCUGCCGGCAUCCCACAGCAUGUUUCACAGCCCAUGUUUCAUGUAGGUACCAAACUUCCUCCUGGUAUAGGAAAUUCAUUUCCCCCUCAGGGACAGUCAGCAGUUCCUAGUCAGCCACCCCCUCAAUCAAUGUAUCAGGCUGGAGGUUCUAAAUUAGGUACAGAGUUCAUGAAUCAAGUUGGAACUUCAAAGCCUGCGGACAGAGGGCCUUGGAUGCCUGGCCCUCCAGAGAAUCCUACACUACCACAGCAGCUCUCCGGACCACCACCAUCAGUCCCUGGUCAGAUGGGCCCUGGCAAUCAGCCUCGUCCUGCACCACCGUUGAGCCAAGAAAUGGAGAAGAUGCUACUUCAACAAGUCAUGAGUCUCACACCGGAACAAAUCAAUCUCCUGCCUCCAGAGCAAAGAAAUCAAGUGUUUCAACUACAGAAGAUACUGCGCCAAUGAAAAAUGUUCUGGAAGGGAAGCAGGCUUCUCUUGAUUUCCUCCCUUCCCUUCCCCUCCCCCUUUCUUAACUCUUGCAUCAUUGAUCGUGCUCAGAUUGAUUUUUAGGCUGCUAUGGGAGUGUUUUGACUUUGUCUUUGUAUCUGUAACUUUUUGCUUCUCGUCUAUCUAUGCGAGUAUUUUUAUGCUA